GCGGUCUCAUUUUGUUGAACUUUGGCUGUUUGCGGCCGUCAAACGCGGCCGGAACGCGCGCUGUGGGUCCUGGGUAUCUCUCGCACACUCCCUGGGCUGCUACCCAAGUUUUGGCCGCCCCGCGGGCCGGGAAAGGCGAAAAGACUUCACCGGAGUUCAGCGGCGCACCGGGCACGUGCGCCGAGCAAACGCGACCCAAAUCGCCAUCAAUUAGAAGAACCCACAAGCAGCCAUGGUCUGGAUCAGCCAGAUUCGGGUCGACGCGCGCGACUCGUUGAUUCCGUGGUCGACCGUGCGAAGUUUGUACGAGCGCCACCGCAUCGUGCACGUGAAACGAGCAGCGCUCGGGCGCCACCGCCCAACACGCUGGCUCGGCGAGGUCAAGCGCCUGGCCAAGACGCACAACGCCACGACCGUAUCUAGAGAGGGCGGCGCCGCCUUCGAGUCCGAAGAGCCGUGGUAUGCGUCGUUCGUCGUCCACGACGCCACGGCGUGUGCUGCUACAUUGAGACGGUUGCCUCGCAAUGGCGUCGGAAUGAGGGGCGUCCCCGGCGUCGCGGAGAGUGAGGCGCACCACGGGAGUCACGCGUGGAUUUUUGUGGGCGACAACUCGAGGGGCACGGAGUCUUUAGAUGGGAGACCGGAGCACACGGACGCCCUGGCGCCGCAUAUCGAAGGGACCUGGCACUACCAGAUCUCGGGGUCGAAGUUGUGGCGGGUCCGGGAAUGUGGAGAUAAUGGUGCGCCGAUCAUGAUCCGCGUGGCGCGCGGCGACGUUUUGUUGAUCGAUACGAGGGUGUGGCGCCACCAGGCCUCGAUCCCCGCCGAGAAGGAGCCGUCGAUCUCUAUCGCGCGGGACUUUUCGUAUGUGCCCCGCCAGAACGAAGAGGCCUUUGGGGACGUCGACGCUCUAUUAGCGGCGCGGCCGGCGGAGACGGGCGACGUCCUCUUCUACGAAUCUGAUUUGCCUGAUUGUGAGUUACCACGAUCAAAAGAAGAUGCGAACUGCGCGGUCGGUGAGGAUCAAGAGGGCAAGCUUUGUUUGGUCGCGACGCGGCGCAUCUCCACGGGCGAGGCCUUCGCGAUGGCGCCGUCGUCGUCGUCGGAAGACGAGGAGAAGUGAGUCGGCUCCGAGACGCGCAGGAUUAUGCGCGCGCCUCGGCGGUAUGUAUUUUGACUAAC